GAGAAAACAAUACUACUUUUCUAGGCCCUUUCUCAAAAAAAAAAAAAAAUACUCCUUUACCUCAAUAUAUUGUAAUUACUUUCAACCUUUCUAUCCCCAUCUUUACCUCAUAUAGUUAGUUACUUCUCUCACCUAACUUUUAAAAGUCUCUCUCGCUCACUUUUUUAAUAAAUAGAAAAACCUUAAAACUCUUCAUGAUUUGUAAUAACUAUCUGAUUCUCGCGAAUCAGUGGGUGGGGAGAAUAACAAAUAAUUGAUUCCAUGGGUUGCACAACCUCCAAGCUCGACGAUCUCCCGGCGGUAGCGCUCUGUCUCGACCGUUGCGGUUUCCUCCAAACCGCGAUUCAGCAGCGUUACGCCCUCGCCGACUCCCACCUCGCCUACACUCAAUCCCUCCAAGCAAUCGGCCACUCUCUUCGCACCUUCAUCGAUCAUCACCACAACCGUUUCGCCGGAGCAGACUCUCACGACCCGCCUCCGGAAGAAGUCGACUCACCCAAGGAUUCCGGGUCGGGUCAUAUCGAAUUCGACUCGGAUUCCGACGAAAUCGACUCCUUGCAUCACUCGUCUCCUCUCCAUCACCAUCUCGACGAGGAGGAUCCGGGUUUGACCCGGUACCCGGAUCCGGAUCCUCCUCCGUCUUCUUCGUAUUUGCGUAUGAGCUACAUGAGGAACGGCUCGAUGGCUCCUUCUCUCGUCUACGAGCAGAGACCUUCGAGCCCUCAGAGAGUUUACAAUUACUUGGGCGGAGAAUCGUCAUCCUCUAACUAUGCUCCAUAUCCGAGUUACGGACCUUCGAGACCGCCUCCUCCUCCGCCGCAGCCGCCGAGGUCAGAGGGUUGGGACUUCUUGAACCUUUUCGAUUACGCUGCUCCGUACGCUCUUACUCAGGACUCGAGAGAGGUUAGAGAGGAAGAGGGUAUUCCCGAUUUGGAAGACGAUGAUUUCCAUCGCGAGGUUGUCAAGGAAGUAGUACAUGGCAAGCAGAAACUCGUAGCUCCGGUUAGCGUUGACGACAAGGAAGAGCCGCCAGGUGGUGAUCGUGGUGGUGGUCAGGCUUCUCUGUUUCAGACUAGGCCCAGCGUGUCGGUUGAGAAAGAAGAAGAGGUUCAUGUCGUGGAGAAGAAAGUUGUCGAGAGUGGCGGGGAGGAAGUGCGGAGGAGUAGUGCAGCGCCACGUGGCGGCGGUGGUGUCAGGAGAGGGGUGCCUGAGGUUGCGAAGGAGAUAGAAGCUCAGUUCUUGAGAGCUGCAGAGUCAGCAAGUGAGAUUGCAGUGAUGCUUGAAGUGGGCAAACAUCCUCAUGCUCGCAAACAUGCUUCGUCGAAGCUGAUACAAGAAGUAACUUCAUCGCCCUCUGUGGUGUUGUCGUCUCAACCAUCAACCUCUAAGAAAGCUAAAGCCUCUUCUUCGGCAGCGGCUGCACCUACUUACGCAGAUAUUGAGGCCGAGCUUGCAUUGAGGUCUCGUAAUCUUUCUUCCACAUUGCACAAGCUACACCUAUGGGAGAAGAAGCUCUACGAAGAAGUCAAGGCUGAGGAAAAACUGCGUUUAUUACACGAGAGAAAGUUAAGGAAGCUGAAGCGUAUGGAUGAAAGAGGUACCGAUGCUCCUAAAGUUGAUUCAACAAGAAAAUUUGUGAGAAGUUUGUCCACGAAGAUAAGGAUUGCUAUUCAAGUUGUUGACAAAAUAUCUGUUACAAUCAACAAGAUAAGAGACGAAGAGCUAUGGCUGCAACUGAAUCAAUUGAUCCAAGGGCUUAGCAGAAUGUGGAAGUCAAUGAUUGAUUGCCAUCGAAGUCAGUGUGAGGCUAUUAAGGAAGCCAGAGGGUUAGGCUCCAUCAGAGCGAGCCAAAAACUCCCUGAUGAUCAUCUCGAGGCUACAAGGGUGCUUGGACAUGAACUCAUAAAUUGGAUUCUGAGUUUCUCAAGCUGGGUUAGUGCGCAAAAGGGUUUUGUGAGAGGACUCAAUAGUUGGCUUAUGAAGUGUCUUAUCUACGAACCUGAGGAAACUCCUGAUGGGAUCGUUCCUUUUUCUCCUGGUCGUCUCGGGGCUCCGAUGAUUUUCGUUAUCUGUAACCAGUGGGAGCAAGCUUUGGAUAGAAUAUCUGAGAAGGAAGUUGUGGAGGCCAUGCGCAGAUUCGCCACGAGCGUGCUUCAUCUUUGGGAACAAGAUAGGUUAGAAACGCUGGAGAGGAUGAUAGGGCAUGGUGGUGAGGAACAGCGGAUACAGAAAGAGAUUCAAGAAAUGGAAAGGAAAAUGGUUCUGGUCGGUGGAGGCGAAGAUAACAGUGUUUACCAAAGCGACGCUAGUAGCGAAAGCUUACAGGUUAGUCUUCGGCGUAUUUUUGAAGCUAUGGAGAGGUUUUCAGCGGAAUCUAUGAGAGCUUAUGAUGAUCUCUUGGAACGUGCUGCUGAAAAAGAUAGCAGCUCUCAAGAAUCAGAGGGAGACUAACCAAAAAAAGAUGAUUGUACACUUGUGGAGAUGAUCAUUCUUAUGGCUGGCCAUGGUUGCAUGAACUGCCCUAACUUGGCUCUGUGGAGGUCUGUAGACCGGAGCACCAGACCUGAACCAUCUAUGGUUGUAACUUAACUCACCGGGAAGUUAACAUAUCAUCUUUCUCAAACUCAGGCCAGAACCGGUUGCUGGGACAUGGGAUAAGAGAUGGGUCGAUGCUUGUACUAGUUAAGAACUGGAUGGUUGGCUACAUGCCAUGCUUGAUAACUUGCCACAGAUGUGAAGGAGGGAUGUAUAGACUUCUUCUGUGUUCAUAUUUCCUAACGGUUUCUUGAUAUUAUUAGUUGCACAUAUAAUAACAGAAAAUACUUUGGAAAUGUUAUGAGGGUUCUUUAAAAUC